AUGUUGUGGCCUCUGGUGUUGAGCUCAUCACGCUCCGUUGUAGCACCCAAGCUGACGCGCGGGCACGGUCAGCACGCCACAGCACCGGCUCCUCCACACCCCUUCCAACAGCUCCCGCAGGAGUUGAUUGACCAAAUAAUCGAUAAGCUCUGCAAAAAUAUCCCGACUCUGAAAAGUUGCUCCUUAACGUGUCGGCGCUGGCUCCCGCGGAGUUCGGCGCAUCUCUUCGCAUCCUAUGCCAUUCCCCCGCUGCCAAACGAC